AUGAAGGCUCGUUCAUGGUUGGAGUCUUGUCUGCCGCGCGCUGAACUACUGGCUGGUUACACAUCACUGCUCGAUGGACUCAUCAUACACAGUGUCUGGCUGCAGAUUGAUCCAGAGCCACAGAACAAUCCGGGUGAACUGCUUAGCGAUCUUAGCGGUAACUCUCUGAGCAUAGCGCGCUCCAAAAACUUUGAGAGCAUAGUACGCAACCUAAAGACGCUCUUCGAGGAGGAACUGGGCCAGACCAUAUUGGUACUUCCCGAUGCCUACAUACUGGGCUAUUUUCCUGAGAGCAAGCAUGGCCUGGAGCAGAUGAAAACUUUGCUCACACUGCUGCUGGGUGCGGCAGUGCAGUGUCCUAACAAGCAGUUGUUUAUUACACGCAUUAAGGAGCUGGAUCUGGAGACGCAGCAUGCCAUUGUGGCGCUUAUCAAGCAGGUUACUGAUAGCCAUACACUGGUGCUGACAGAAGAUUCGCUGGAGCGUCUAACUCCUGAGGGCAUGUAUGAACAUAUUCUCAGGCUUACCAAAGAGCGGGAUCACAUGUAUUCAAGAUGGAUUGAGACAGUGUGCGUGGAGCCAGAACUAAAUGCUAGCGAUGCAGCAGAAUGCCCAGCAGUGGGCAGUGGCGGAGUACCACGAUCACCAUCCAGCGGCACAAACAAUUCAACGCCCAGCUCCAGUUCGAAUUCGGAAAGCAAUCAUCUAGCCGUGGAGUGCGCAGAUUUGAGAUCUAAAAAUCGUAAGCUGCGACAAGAGCUCGAGGAAAAGUCUGAGAAUCUUUUGGAACUACGCGAGGAGCUGGAUGAUAAAAAACAGCGCUUUGAGAAGCUGCGCCAAGAGAGCCAGGAUUGGUUUACGGAGGCUAAGCGUGCUGCAGCUUAUAGAGAUGAGCUGGACAUUCACCGUGAGCGUGCGGAACACGCUGAUCGCUUAGAAGUUGAGGUGCAAAAAUAUCGCGAGAAACUGGGCGACUCAGAUUUUUAUAAGUCACGCGUGGAGGAAUUGCGCGAGGACAAUCGCGUGCUGAUGGAGUCCAAAGAAAUGCUGGAGGAUCAACUGCAGCGGUCGCGCAAGCGCUCUGAGCAUGCCAUUACAUUGGAAACGGAGAUUAUCAAAUAUAAGCAAAAGCUAAAUGACAUGGCGCUGGAACGCGAUGCGGAUCGUGCCAAGCUGGAGGAACUGCUAGAGGAGAAUGCUCAAUUGCAGAUGUUGGCCAAGAAUCUCAACUGCUCACAGGAACUGGACAAAUCCUGCUCUGACAAUGAAGAUGACUGUAACUCGGGUGACAAUAGUCUGUCCGAGCAGCUCACCAAUAACGCUCAGACGCGAGCUCUAAAGUUGGAGCUAGAGAAUCGUCGUCUGUCUGCCGCAUUAGAGCAGCUCAAGGAGAACAGUUUUCAUGAGUCCACUAGUAAGUUGCUGGAGCUGGAGAAAGACAAGAAGAAACAAUCGCUAAAAAUUGAACAAAUGCAUGAGAAUAUACAACGGCUAACGCAGCAAAAUGUGGAGCUAGAAAAUGUGUUCAAAAAUGCCCUAGAGGAGAACAAAAAGCUGCAGGAUGCGCUGGACAAUCGCCAAAAAAGCUACGAUCGACAGAGUCAGGAGCGCGAGACUGAUCGCCAAAAGUUGUCCGAUGCAGAGCAGCAAGUGGAAACGCUCAACAAGGAAAAGCAACGCAUACAAACGCUUAACGAGAGCAUUCAGCGGCGCGCCGACGAUCUGGAGCGUCUCUCGGAAGCCAAGGCCAAGGAGCUCGAGCAGCAGGCGGAGAAGACACAGCAAUACGAGUUGAGUAAGCAGAAGCUUUACGAUCUUGAGGCCAAGUUGGGCGGGUGCGAGCGUGAGAAUGCGAGCCUUUUGAAAGAAGUGACUAAGCUGAAGGAAAGCACUGAACUCAAGUCCGUAGAGCUGGAUGAGAGUAUCAAUCGUCUGGAUUCGCAGGCCAAGGAGUUGCAACGUUUGGCGAAAACACAAGAGGAGGCUGAGCAACUUCAGCUUAAACUGGUUGAUUUGGAGAAACAGAAUCAGGAGCUCAGCUCGCAGCGCAGCAUUGAUCAGGAGAUGAUUAGCAUGUUGCGCAAUGAUCUCGUCAAUGGCACACUGGUCACCAAAAAGGUUCGUCACAAUCUGGAGAAACUAGGUCUGGCGGUCAACGAGGUAGACGUGGAGCCGGCCGAAUUAAAUGUUGAGCUAGUUGUUGAGAAACUAGUGCGCAAUCCUGAAACCUUUAAGACAGUGCGUGAGAUUAUGCUUAAUGUGAACCGUGAGCAGCAGGAGGAAGCAGGAGUCAAGUCGGAUAUGUGCGUGCUGUGUCAUCGCCAAGAAAUAUUUACCGUCGAGAAGAACAUUGAACUGUCUAGCUGUUGUCCAGAGAUAUUAACACCCAAAACACCUUCCGCCCAAGAGCUGCGCUUUGAGCACAAAGUACGCUUGAGUCCGGCGCGUGAUACUGCCGAGGUAACGCGUCUGCAGGAUACCAAUAAUCAGCUGCAAACUGAAAAUGCACGUUUAAGUGUAGAUGUGAGUGCGCUGGGCUCGCAGAUCACAUCGCUAAAUACGCAGCAUGUGGCGCUACAGUUGGCCAACUCGCAGCUAGCGGCGGAGAAGGAUACGCUGCUAAAGGAUAUUGAUGCACUGCAGCAGGAACAUAAGAAUGCACUGCAGGAUCAGGUCACACUGCAAUGCCUACACGAUCAGCUGUCGGCCGAGUAUGAAUCACUCAACAAGGACAAGGAGCAGCUAAAGGGCGCUGUGCGUGAUCUGCGCCAGGAGACGCGUGAUGCUCGGGAGACCAUACAAGCACAGCAGCAACGUAUUGAAGAGCUCACUGCAAAGGUGAAUGGCAUGAAGAGCUGCCAGGAGGAUCUAGGCAUAUUGCGCACUGAACACUCCAAGCUCACAGAUGAUUUUCGCAAUCUAUUUGCCACCAGCGAUCGCUUUAAGAACGAAUACAAGAACAUUCAAGAGCAGUACAAGAUGAUACGCGUGGAGCACAGUAGCCUCAAAUUGCAGAACACCGAGCUCACUGGCGAACUUAAUACAAAAACGGACCAGGUGCGUCUGCUGCAAGUCGAAUACUCCAAGGUCCAGCAGCGCUGUGAGAUGCUGAUACAAAACAAUGCCGAACUGGACUCGGAGCGCAAAGCUCUCAUGGACAACGUGUCUCAAUUAUUAUCGCAAUACCAAGAGCUCUUGGCCAUAUCGUUGGAAGAUAAAAAGCAUUUCCACGAGGAAGAGAAGAACUAUACAGAACGUGUGCACAGUCUCAAACGUCAGAAGGAGAAGCUCGAAGAGAAGAUUAUGGAGCACUACAAGAAGUCAGAAACUACAGUGCAGAAAAAAAAACCAUUUGCCAGCAGCCUGGUUAGACGUGUCAAGAAGGCCAGCUCUGAUCUAAUGAAUAAGGUGCCCAGUCGGAAUCGCCGUUCCUGGGUGGAUGAUGCGCGUACCAGCUCACAGUUUGUUAUUGGCUCUGAAUCGGGCGGCAAUGAGUCGGACAAUAGCAAUGAGGAACCGCUGUCUAUAGCAUCCGACACGCAUCUGUUGCAGCGCAAUAUCCCGCUACGUCAAAGCUUGCAGCGAGAUCUGUUGGAUAGCUCGAUUCAGCGCGGCGGCAAUGUGCGUAGCAGCCUGCAAGCCCAGAAACGUACGGACUUGAGUAACUCACGUAGAAAUAGCGUGCACGGCAGUUUGGAAGCGCCUGAUGUAACGGGUAGCAGCUUGACUCUAGGCACAGCUGGUUCGCGCCGCACUGUCUAUUUGAUUGACGAGCAUCAGAAACUGCCCGAUGGCUCCAACGCCAGCAACGCCCAACAGCCGCAAGCGAGCUCCACUCCUACGCCUACUGCUGCAACGGCUGCCAGCACUUCAGCUGAACCACAAACGCCACAAAAACAGGAUAGUCCAGCUACGUUUCUUAUGUACAAUCGCAUUAAUACGACCAUAGGCGGCAGCUCCAUCAGCGGUGAUCAGAGCCCGCUUCUACAGCCUAGUAGCAGCGGCGGAGCUGGUAGUGGCACUGGUGCUCAAGAUGACAAGACGCUGCGCAAGCGCAAUGAGGACAAGAGCAAUAGUAUUUGCAUUUUAGCUUAAAAACCCACGACGAUCUGCACCAAUUGAAGCCUACUAUGAAGAAAACGAAAGCUGUGACAAUAUUA